CACCAUGGCGACCCCUGGGCUGCCCGACAUCCCUCUGCUCCCGGGAUCUCCACGCCGCCUGAGCCCCCGGACAGCGGCCAGAGGAGACCACGGUCUGAGAUAUGGACCGCAACACCUUAAGGUGCCCGCUCCCCAGGCCCCGGGUCCCAAGAACAGUUCCGGCCGAGACUCUGACCAGGCCUCUGGACGGCAGACCCCCCACGGGCACUCUGUCAUCAAUAACUACCUGGAUGCCAACGAGCCCGCGUCCUCCGAGGCCCGCCUGAGCCGCAUGCACUUCCACGACAACCAGAGGAAGGUGGACUAUGUGCUUGCCUACCACUACCGGAAACGUGGGGUACACCUGGGCCCAGGCUCCCCUGGCCACUCGCUGGCCGUCAUCUCCAACGGGGAGACUGGUAAGGAGCGCCAUGCUGGGGGCCCUGACAUCGAGCUGGGGCCCCUCGAUGCCCUGGAGGAGGAGAGGAGGGGGCAGAGAGACGAGUUCGAGCACAACCUGAUGGCGGCGGGCCUGGAGCUGGAGAAGGAUCUGGAGAGUAAAAGCCAAGGAUCCGUCUUCGUCCGGAUACACGCCCCGUGGCAGGUGCUGGCCAGAGAAGCAGAAUUCUUGAAGAUUAAAGUUCCCACCAAGAAAAUGUACGAGAUCAAAGCCGGAGGCAGCGUCGCGAAGAAGCUCCAGGCCCUCGUGCAGAAGCUGAGCUCUCCGCUGCAGCCCCGAGUUCCCGAGCACAGCAGCAAGGUGAAGAGGCUCUGCUACCCGUUCUCCAGGGAGAAAAUGUACCUGUAUAACAUCCAGGAAAAGGACACUUUCUUUGACAAUGCUACUCGCAGCCGCAUUGUGCACGAGAUUCUGAAGCGCACGGCCUGUUCGCGAGCCAACAACACGAUGGGUAUUAACUCUCUGAUAGCAAACAAUAUCUAUGAGGCUGCCUACCCACUUCAUGAUGGUGAAUAUGAUAGUCCGGGGAAUGACAUGAAUGACAGAAAGCUGCUGUAUCAGGAAUGGGCACGCUACGGAGUGUUUUAUAAGUUUCAACCCAUUGACCUCAUCAGAAAGUAUUUCGGAGAGAAAAUUGGACUGUAUUUUGCUUGGCUGGGGCUGUAUACGUCAUUCCUUAUCCCAUCUUCUCUCAUCGGGGUGAUUGUUUUUCUUUAUGGAUGUGCAACGAUUGAAGAAGAUAUUCCCAGCAAGGAGAUGUGUGACCAGCAGAACGCCUUCACCAUGUGUCCCCUGUGUGACAAGUCCUGUGACUACUGGAACCUCAGCUCGGCCUGUGGGACUGCGCGGGCCAGCCACCUGUUCGACAACCCUGCCACCGUCUUCUUUUCCAUCUUCAUGGCUCUGUGGGCCACCAUGUUUCUGGAGAACUGGAAGAGACUUCAGAUGCGUCUGGGUUACUUCUGGGACCUGACUGGGAUAGAAGAAGAAGAAGAACACUCCCGGCCCGAGUACGAGACCAAAGUCCGAGAGAAACUGCUGAAGGAGAGUGGCAAGUCGGUGGUCCAGAAGUUAGAAGCACAUUCAGCGGACCACGACGAUGAGGAUGAUGAAGAUAAACUGACCUGGAAAGAUCGCUUCCCAGGGUACCUGAUGAACUUUGCCUCCAUCUUGUUCAUGAUCGCCCUGACAUUCUCCAUCGUCUUUGGGGUCAUUGUGUACCGGAUCACCACUGCAGCCGCUCUGUCUCUCAACAAGGCCACACGCUCCAACGUCCGGGUGACAGUGACGGCGACCGCGGUCAUCAUCAACCUUGUGGUCAUCCUCAUUCUGGACGAGAUCUACGGCGCCGUGGCUAAGUGGCUCACCAAAAUUGAGGUUCCGAAAACAGAACAGACCUUUGAAGAGCGCUUGAUCCUCAAGGCCUUCCUGCUGAAGUUUGUCAAUGCGUACUCCCCCAUCUUCUACGUGGCCUUUUUCAAGGGGAGGUUUGUGGGCAGGCCUGGAAGCUACGUCUACGUGUUUGACGGCUACCGCAUGGAAGAGUGUGCUCCGGGGGGCUGCCUCAUGGAGCUCUGUAUCCAGCUGAGCAUCAUCAUGUUGGGGAAACAGCUGAUCCAAAACAACAUCUUUGAGAUUGGAGUCCCGAAGCUUAAGAAGCUAUUCAGGAAGCUGAAAGACGAGACAGAAGCCGAGGAAAGUGGCCCCGAGCAUUCUAAACACCCGGAACAGUGGGAUCUAGACUACAGCCUGGAGCCUUACACGGGGCUGACUCCGGAGUACAUGGAAAUGAUCAUCCAGUUCGGUUUUGUUACCCUCUUCGUGGCCUCUUUUCCCCUGGCACCUGUGUUUGCCCUCCUCAACAAUGUCAUCGAAGUACGGCUAGAUGCCAAGAAGUUCGUCACAGAGCUCAGACGGCCGGAUGCCGUGAGGACCAAAGACAUCGGCAUUUGGUUUGACAUUCUGUCUGGAAUCGGCAAGUUCUCGGUUAUCAUCAAUGCCUUUGUCAUCGCUGUCACCUCGGACUUCAUCCCCCGCCUGGUGUACCAAUAUUCCUAUAGCCAGAACGGGACUCUGCACGGCUUUGUGAACCACACCCUCUCCUUCUUCAACGUCAGCCAGCUCAAGGAGGGGACGCAGCCGGAAAGCUCGCAGCUCAACUACGAGGUUCAGUUUUGCAGGUUCAAGGAUUACCGAGAGCCUCCUUGGGCACCAAACCCAUACGAGUUUUCCAAGCAGUAUUGGUCUGUUCUGUCUGCCCGUCUGGCCUUCGUCAUCAUCUUCCAGAACCUUGUGAUGUUCCUGAGUGUCCUAGUGGACUGGAUGAUCCCAGAUAUCCCCACAGACAUCAGCGACCAGAUCAAGAAAGAGAAGAGCUUGCUGGUGGACUUCUUCCUGAAGGAGGAGCAUGACAAGGUCAAGCUCGCCGACGAGUCGGCGCAGAAGAGCCAGGGCGGCGGCGAUCGGGGCCGGGGGAGCCGUGCCGCCAGCUCGGUGCCCUCACGCCGCAGUGGCGCGGGCAGCGUGGUGUCCUCGGCUUCCCAGCACACCAACGUGUGAGCCCACAGCCUGGCCUCCGUGGAUGGCGUGGCCGUGGCAAGGGCAAGUUCUCCCAAGCGCUCUGCCCCAGCCGGAAGCUGGCUUGCAGGAGUCAGGAGACGAGAGGGGAAGGGAACUGUAGAGAGCUCAGGAAGGCAGAAGGAUGAGGCUGCUCCCCAGAAACUUGAAGCUUAAUAUUCUUUUUAUAGGUCCUCUUUUGAGCGGUGACCCCCUCAGGGGCUUGUUUGAAUCCCUGCGGUUCCCCGCUUGUGAUGUAGCCAUCACCUCUCGUGAGCACAGGCCAGGAAAGAGGUGUAGUCGGGGUACGGUCAGUCCUAGCCCCCCACUCUUCAGUGAUUACCACCCCUUUCCUACUGCGACCCCCUAGAAAAUAAAAAGAAAUCUCUCCCAGCCACGUGUGGCUUCUGCCAUCGCAGGACUUGGCAGAUGCAAAUUAAGUCACAGGCAGAUGACUGUGGCCGCCGGACCCGACGGCUGGCCAAGAGCAAAGGUCCAGCCCGGGGUUACUCCGCAGUUCGUCUCACGAGGACGCUUGGAAUUCAAUGCAGCUAUCCGCCGUUUUAUGCACGUUCAGAUUUAAAUCAAA